CUUAGCUUAGCUUGUUGUUUCUUUUUAUUCCAUUAAUAAUACUUAGCCUUUAAAUUUGUUUUCUAAUACUUAGAUAUAUGUAUUUUGUUGAUAUCCCCCACUUAUAAUAAUUAAUAUUCCAUUAUUAUUCUCUAUAUAUGUAGCUUUUGUGUUUGUUCGUUCUUUCUUUCUUUCUCUUAUAUAUAUACCCUCCUCAAUAAUCACAGUAACAGUAGAGAGAAUAAUAUAUAAACACCAUCCACUAGCAGCACCAGCACCAGCAGCAGCAGAUCGAAAGAAUUGAAUUGAAUUGUUGUUUAUUGUCCCUUAAAUAAAUUGAUAUAUAGAUAUAAAAGCAGUAUAGUGAGUGAGGAAAAGAAAGAAAGAAUGGGUGAGAAUGUGAUUCCUGAUCUAUCACUGCAGAUAAGCCUGCCAAAGAGUGCUCCACCAUCAAUAUGCAAUAAUGAAGAAGAAGGAGAUUGUGGAGGGUUUGAUAUAUGGAGAAGUAGCACUACUACUAGUGAUGGUGCUGAAAAAUCACACAGUGAUGGUUCCAUUUCAAUCCCUACUUUUCUUCAUCAUCAUAAGAACAUGGAGACACAACUCUCUUUAGCAGCACCUACAACCCCAACCCCUUCUGAAGCUGAAAGCCCUUGGAACAAAUCAUCAUCAUCAGAGCAAGUAGUAAUUAGGCCUAUCAAUGGAAUCCCUCUUUACAACAACAACAACAACAACACCAACACUCCUUCUUCGCCACUUUCAAGGUUUAAUAAUGCUAUAACUAUGGAGAGUCUAAGAACCCUUAAUCACCAUCACUUAUUUGGGGUUAUUGGGGGUGCUAACAACAACACUGACUUCACAAACGGGUUUGUGAUGAGGUCUAGAAUGUUCCCAUCAUCAACAACAACAACAAGGAUGAUGAUUCAUAGCAGCAAGAGGAACAUGAGGGCUCCAAGAAUGCGCUGGACUACCUCCCUCCAUGCCCGAUUUGUUCAUGCUGUUCAACUCCUUGGCGGCCAUGAAAGAGCUACUCCAAAGUCAGUUCUGGAACUCAUGGAUGUCAAAGAUCUAACACUCGCUCAUGUCAAGAGUCACUUACAGAUGUAUAGAACUGUUAAGAAUACUGACAAGCCAGCAGCUUCCUCAGCAUCAGAUGGAGAUGAAGAUUUCAUGUCCCUAGCAUCACCCAUUAGUCAAAAUAAGAACUUUUUACCAAAUCAAAGAGGGCCCCCAAAUAAUAAUAAUGCAUCUCUAGAUCAAGAUUUGGGAUACAACACCACUACUGCUACUACUUGCAGCAAUAAAAAUCUAUGGGGUAAUUCUUCUUCCAGUAGAGAAGCAUGGAUACAAGCCAACGAGCUUAGUCCAGAAACCCUAUCAUCUCAACACAUUAUUGGGAAGCUCUCCGAGGGAAGCAACCAUAUACAAUCAAGAAGCUUCAAGGAUCAAAAUAAUUUAGAUUGUCAGAAUAAUCCAAGCUUGGAAUUCACCUUAGGGAGAUGAUCAUAUUCACAAUGCAACAGAACGAAGAACAUGUCUAGUUAAUUUUAGUUUGGUAUACAUCAUGAUUCAUGGAUUGCUUCUAAAGAAUAUAUACAGAUUAAUGCACAGCUAUAUAUAUAUAUAAAAUUAGGUACUAUAUAUAUAUAAUUAAUUAAUAUAAAAAUAGUUAGUAUGCUUUUCUCAAGGCGAAUAUGUCAGUUUCCACAAAUCUAAAGCAACUAUAUGUAUAUUCUUUUUGAGCUAAAAAGCUUAUUUAGGUGGUGUUAGUCAUUACAUAUAAAUCUUAUAGACUUAAAAAGUAAAAGCUAAUGAAUUGAAGAAAAGAAAGGAAGAAGAAUCAGAUGUAUUAUAAGGCUUUUUUUAAUGUCUUUUUUCUUUCCCUCUCCUUUUUUCUAGGUUCCUAAGGAUAUUUUUGUCCAUAUAUUACUUUAUUUUGUGGCUCAUGCUGUGAUUAGUGUGUGAAAGCUUUGAUAGUAGUUGUUAUCUGUCUAUCACUAAUAUGCAUCAAAAGUUAAUUAAAAAGCAGUGAUGGGUGUGAAAGAUUUGGAGAAUAUAUUAUUAAGAUUUCAUUCAUAUGAAAAAAAUCCAACUUUUUUGUAAAAUUAUUCAUGCAAAAAGCUUUGAUUGAUGUUGUGAUUGUGGGUUGCAUUAUUAUGCCCCACUUAUUGGAACUAACCCUACUUUUGGUUGAUAUGAUGCCUAAUCCGAUGACUUGAAUGUAAUAAUGAUAUUCUUGAUGGGCCAAAAAGAAAAUAAAUAAAUAAACAAAUCAUCUCUUUGUAACAGCUGUAACCUUAAGUGAAGCAUAUUCAACUGCUAUUUAUGCAUGGAAACCAUACAUUGGAAAAAGGUUUCUGUUAUAGACUUAGGCCCGUUUGGAAACUCUAGAAGUAGUUUUUUUUAACUUUUGACUUAUGAAAAGUAGUAGUAUUAAUAUUUGGUGUAAUUUUUAAAACCAAAUUACAACUUUUUAAGAAGUUAUUUUGGAGCUUAUAGAGAAGUUAAAAAAAAAUGACUUCUCUCA